CCUUUAAAUCUUCACCCCUUUUAAAUUUUUUGGAGCGAGGGAGGGAAAUACAGAGAAAUAGGAGGCGAAAAAAAAAAAACAGACACACACACACACAGACACGCAAACCGACACUCCCCAUGAACACAAGCACCAACACACUGACAGACUGACCAGCGCCGUCCAGCCGCCUGAAGCAGAGCCUGCUGUGUGGAUGUGUGCAGCCCUCUGGACUUGGUGGGAGGGGGAGAAGUUUCCCCAAAGACAAGCUUGGAUCACUGAGAGAGACGAUGCCUUCCUCCUCUAACCCAGUCUCACAAGCUGCUCAGUGGAUUUGCUGAUUCCCGAAAUUAUUUGUGCAAGUUAUUCAGUGGGAGUGGGGAGAGAUUUUGAGCCAGAGGAUGCUCCCACAGGUCAUUCGGAUUUUGUAUGUCUUGUCUUUCUGCUUUUUCCAAGGAGGCUUUAUCAGACUGAGCUCCUGUAAGGAGGAGAUAAAGCCCCCCAGCAGGGCAGGACCACAGCUGUCACCUUCUGACUUCCUGGACAAGCUCAUGGGGAAAACGUCAGGAUAUGAUGCCCGCAUCAGACCCAACUUCAAAGGCCCACCUGUGAAUGUCACCUGUAAUAUUUUCAUCAAUAGCUUUGGGUCGAUCACAGAAACUACCAUGGACUACAGGCUCAAUGUAUUUCUACGGCAAAAAUGGAAUGACCCUCGUCUGGCAUAUAGCGAAUACCCAGACGACUCCCUUGAUCUGGAUCCAUCCAUGUUGGACUCUAUCUGGAAACCUGAUUUAUUCUUUGCAAACGAGAAAGGAGCCAAUUUCCACGAGGUCACCACUGAUAACAAGCUGCUGCGGAUUUUCCAAGAUGGCAGUGUUCUUUACAGCAUCAGGCUGACUCUUACCCUGUCCUGCCCUAUGGACUUGAAGAAUUUCCCAAUGGACAUUCAGACCUGUACCAUGCAGCUUGAAAGCUUUGGUUACACCAUGAAUGACUUGAUCUUUGAGUGGCUGUCUGAGAACCCUGUUCAAGUGGCUGAUGAUCUUACUCUCCCCCAGUUUGUGCUAAAAGAAGAGAAGGAUUUGGGCUACUGCACCAAAUACUACAACACAGGUAAAUUCACCUGCAUCGAGGUGAAGUUCCACCUGGAGCGUCAGAUGGGUUACUAUUUGAUCCAGAUGUACAUCCCCUCCCUCCUAAUUGUAAUCCUGUCAUGGGUGUCUUUCUGGAUAAACAUGGAUGCUGCACCAGCCAGAGUUGGUCUGGGCAUCACCACUGUACUGACGAUGACCACCCAGAGCUCUGGUUCAAGAGCCUCACUGCCCAAGGUGUCCUAUGUGAAGGCCAUUGACAUCUGGAUGGCAGUGUGCCUUCUGUUUGUGUUCGCCGCCCUGCUGGAGUACGCAGCAGUUAACUUUGUCUCGAGGCAACACAAGGAGUUCAUCAGGCUGAGGAAAAAGCAGCGGCAGCAGAGAAUAGUAAGUGCCAGUCAGCCUGGGAGUGUUGAGUCAUUGCGGAAAGCCAAUGACAUCCCUGGUAACAACUCAACCUACAGGAAUCUGAAUCAGCACUGCAGCGCCUGUGCCAGGGAGGAGGAACUGGUGAGGGAGAGCCGCGGUUUUUACUUCCGGGGUUACGGACUGGGUCACUGCCUGCAGACCAAGGACGGCGCCGCUGUGGAGGGGGCCACCGUCUUCACCCCCCCACCGCCGCCCGUCACCAUGUAUGACGGAGAAGUACUCCACAAGCGUUUCGUGGACCGAGCCAAACGCAUCGACACCAUCUCCAGAGCCGUCUUCCCCCUGAGCUUCCUCAUAUUCAACAUCUUCUACUGGGUCACCUAUAAAGUGCUGCGACACGAGGACAUCCAUGCAAAUUUGUAAAACGCUCCUUGCCGACACCAGAUGUUGCAUUUUACUUUGUUUUUUUUUCUUCUCUCAGAAUCAAAACUGCCUGUCAGAUCUACAUUACAAUGAGGAAACGUGUCAAGGGGCAUAUGUGCCCCUCAGAACCACUGCUAAAAAUUUAAAAAACACUCUGUGCUCAGGUGCGUCUUCAGGAUCUCAGAUAAGGAGUGAUUAAGAGGAAAGACUAGGUUAAGCUGCGUGGAUUCAGGCUGGUGUUGUUUGUGAUUGCCCUCUCCUGUCUGUCUUGGUUGGACUUGUCUGGAUUACAACAAAGACAAAACACUGCUGGUACUCGUGGGUUCAUGACCUUUGAUUCAGAUGAUGGAGUUCAGAGAAGAUGAUCCUGGCUGAAUGAGACAUACUGACUUGAAUUUUGACACUACGCAGCUUUGAAUGAAUGUUUUUGACAACUAAAAAAAAAAAGAUAAUGGUUUUUUACGACUUUAGAUUAUUCAAAUGGGUGCAUAUGACUGGGGGAGGGGGGAGGAGUGGGUCUUUGAUAUUUAUGAAUAUUCAAUAAGUGAUGAUGACUCAAUUUAGGUAUGUGUAACAAGAGAUUAUAUAUCUAAAAACAGUGUAUAAAAGUGUAUAUAAACAAAGCUGUUCAUUAAACUGCACAAAGCACAAAUAUGUAUUUCCUUUUGUCUAAAUUUAAAUAAAUUGUUAUUCUGCCAGGAAACAAGAAACUAUUUUGCUUCUCUUUAACCUGAAUAUUCAGCUGAUUACUUUGAAAAUAGAUGCGCUCAGAGAUGCUUGUUCGAGUGCAUAAGAAAUGUGGUCACUGGAUAGCUGCAUGGCACACAAUUACUUUCCUAUUUCAGUUCUUUAAUAGCCCCCAUCAGCUCAAAAAUCCCAAGAGGGAAGAAACCUUAAAGCAAAAGAGGAAAUCAAAUUCUGCAAUAAUACACAUUGCAAAUGUUUCAGAUGUAAAAUAAGUAAUCAGUUCACAUCCGCACUUUUGGCUCUUUAUCAAGCUAUUUUAUCGCUUCCGCAGCUGUUCCCUGUUAAAGUAUACACUUGCAUAAUAAAUCGAGGAGGAACUUACUGGAAAAAAAAAAUUGCAUAAGAGCUGCCAUUUCUUUCCCAGUCUCAGGAGUGGCUUUGAAGGUGUGGAAAUGCAGGGAUGCGGUGGAGGGGAAGCAUCGCCAGUGAGGGAGGACGAAUGGGUUUUUUAAUGGGAAAUCAGAGGGUUGUUUUAUCAACUAAUGAGUUUGAAAAGGGCUUGGUGUUCCACUGCUAAUGACAAUGAAUUCAGAGAGGCAGCUGGAGCCUACUGUCCCUUUGUCGGCAAUCCUAAUCAACUCCUCUGUAUUGUAUGGUUCCCCUGGUAAUGAAAAAGAGUGUGUGGGAAUCUGUAAGUAUAUAUAUGUGUGUGUUUUCAUGCUUUUCUUUGUUUCUGCUCUAUUAUCUCGCUGUUCUUAUAUUGAUCCAGAUUUUUAAACUUUAUCCUGCUUUA